AUGGCGUCUGUUGUUGGGAGCUCGGUCUACGCCCUGUCAACAGCCGAGCGCGUCACGACCAACUCGGCUGCCAAGCUUGCGCUCCGAGGCAGGAUGCCUUCUACCAGCAACAAGUCGGAGAAGGUGGAGGCAAAGUACGACGUUGUGCUAGAUUACCCAAAUCUCGAGCUCCAUUCGGCGGCUGCCAGUGGAAACCUUGGACUUGUGGAUUAUGCCCUGAAGAACGGCCAGCCGGUCAAUUCGCUCCUGCACGGCUGUCUCCCCCUCCAUGCGGCGUGCUCGAGCGGCAGUGUGAGCGUUGUGCGCACGCUCAUCAACUGUGGUGCAGAUGUCAACGCCCCUCGUCUGCCCCGACGAUACUCGGACAACGGCAAGCGAGUCAACAACGCCCCAGCAGUCGGAACAGUCGGCUCGACCCCUCUCCACUUUGCAGCGGCCAAUGGGCACAUCGCCGUCGUCCAGAUUCUCCUCGGUUGCGGCGCCGUUGCCGACAAGCCGGAUAAGAACGGCAUGACUCCAGCAGACUUGGCCGAUAUGAGCGGGUACACCGAGAUUGUGCACGUCAUUCGUGUGUGGUCGCACGUCAACGAGCGCCCUGGCACCUCGAUGUCCGUUAUGUCUGAACCUGAUGCCUCCUUGAGCCUGCACCGUGCAGACGCUGGUUCCAGCAACGGUGCAGGUACCCCAUCAGAGACGGACGUGCUAGUCUCGCGCAAGGGCAAGGAACGUGCUACCAGUAUGGUCAGCGUCGCUUCUGAAAAGGCCCGCCUGUUCCGCGCCAGCCUUGAGAACGGCUUCUGGGGUGGAAGGUCUUACUCUACCUCCUCAAACAAUUCCUCCUCAACAGCCCGCACAGCCAGCUCCCCGCGCAAUGGCUCGACGACACCCUCUGGAAGACCAGAACUAUCACUCGUGGUAACACCCAGUGUCGACAGUGACAACGCCAGCUCCGCGCUCCCUUCUCCUUUCCCAGCAUCACCCGCCUCCUGCAGCCCUCUCGAUGACGAAGGACCAAGCUUCGCCAACGGCCUCGUCAAGACGCCUGUGUUGGAGCAAGAAUCAACAGGCAACCCAUCCCCAUCUUCCUCCUCUGCCUACAAUGCCCAACGAUCAUCAAGAAGACCAUCCCUCCCGUCUAUACUCGAGAGGGCCGCACAUCCGGGCGCUGCCUUCCGAACCGCGAUGCGCAAGACGGAGAAGGAUUCUUCACCCUCAAUCACGGAAUCAGACCAGACGUCACCCAAUCUUCCCGCGACCGGCAUGUUUGCCCGCGGUCGAAGCAGGACAGCCGAGACGCUACAGCGCACAAAAUCGCAGAAGCGCGCGGUGAUCAAGCUGUUCCGCCGCGGUCAGUCGCCGCACUCUCGUAGCCCCAGCCCACCAAAUCGCCAGGAAUUGACGGCACCCCGCCCAGCUCCCACUGAGCAAUUAACGGAGAGCAUCGCGCGGCUAAAGCGGGCCAGUAUGGACCCCGAGAUGAUGCGGAUGGCUACCGACGUCCUCCGCCUCGGCGACCAGCUCGAGGCUGCGGCCUCCAUCUCGGCGCCAGUCACCAAGACUCGAUUCUUCGACGAUCUGCCGACGAGCCGUUCUUCGCGCAGUGUGUCUUCUGAUCGGCAGGCACCCAACGUGCCGCCGCCACCGUCAAUUGAACGAAUGUGGGACCCUCGCCGCAGCAAGAACGGCACCAGCGGCGUUAUCAGCCCCAGCCCCCUCGCCAACACGUGGGGCGAUGACAGCGACGACGAGCCUAGGGGAGCGUCUGUGCGGCGCAGUGUCACCGAGGUGGUGCGGAAGCCUAUCCCCCGAGACCCGCCACGCCGCAUGCCCUCACUUCCGGCUAUGGCUGGGCAGGAGGCGGCAAGGCGGCGAUCCAGGGUGCUUGUCAACGGCAUCUCGCCUCCCACGGACGCUUCGGGAGAUCGCGGCGAGCCGUCGAGUGAGACCGGCUCGCUCGACGAGUCAGACGAUGUUGCUGAUGCAACCACAACGCCGCCCACAGAGCCAUCGCCUUCUCAGGAAAAGGCCAAGUUCGAUGAGCACGAAGAAGAGGGCGAUGUGACGAUCAAAGCACCACCGACUGGCUUGAGCGAUAUCCCUUCGCUAUCGCUCAAGGAGAUUGAGGAUGGCGUAGACGCAAGUGGCGUCGGCCAGAAGUCGAGCUCGGCAACAGACACUCUUUCCCUACCCGAGACACACCCCAAUCUGAGUCGCUUCCGCGGCGAGAGCGUGGGCUCGCAGUUGACGCAUUCGGCCCACACCCCUCCGUCGUCGCGAAUUAUGACGCCGCCAGGCUCGGGCGGGAACCGUGUGCAUCCCGAAACGGACUUGCGGUCUCUCGGCUUCCUCCCAGAGAGUCCCCAAACCAAACCCACGCGCACAAGCUCGAUCAAGCGAACCAACUCGAUCAAGGCCGCAACAAUGUCGGGCCUCGGGUCAGGCCUGCCUUCCGAGAGAGCGGGUCCGUCAUCCCUGCCAUCUGAGAGACUGCUCGCAUCGAACGUCCCAGAGCGGCGGUCGCCUCUUCUGCGCUCGGCAUCGCCGAGAUAUUCGCCCGGGGUGCACCGCUCUGCAUCACUGCGGUCAUCAUCCCAGCGGUCAACGCUUGAAGUUCCGAUAGCCGAGGGACGGCCGCUGCGCCCGCCCCAACGCAACAUCUCCACCCACGCCGAGGCGCGCGACGCGAUGGAGCAGGACGAGCGCGACGUUCUGAGCAUUGCCCAGCUGCCGCAUUCGGAGCUGUCGAGCCGCACGCUUGCGGACCAACUGGCUGCGUAUGGCGAGAGUCACGCGCUUGCAGAGGAGUUUGCUCGGGUCGAUCGUCUGAGUACGGUUAGCAGUGGGUCCGACCGCCGCUCCUCUCUGCGGCAUAGCACGAUGAGCUCUGGAUCAACCGCGAGUCGCAGCGGUACCGAGGUCUCUCAGUGGAGUAGUGCGAGCUUCAACUCUCGUGCGGCGCCGCUGGUCGACCCCUCCGUCAGUCGCAUUUACGACCGGCGCGAGGCGGCGUACCGCGACCGCAUGGCGACUCUGACCAAUACGACGGCGAUGCACGGCUUCCACCAGCGCACGAUGAGCGGGACACCGCGCAGCCGCGCAACGUCGGGCAGUGACACGUGGCUGGCUGCGGGCCAGAGUUCCACUGGUGCGCAUACACGCCGCCUGACGGACCCAACCGGGUCGAGCCCCAAGGAGCUAGACUCGAACCCGCACAUCUCGGGCCCGCUGCCCAUGGUAUCGGACUUCUCGCGGUCGCGCAAGAACUCGCUGUCGUCGCGCACGUCGACCAUGGGCAUCAUCAAGGCCGGCGUGCCCAUCGUGUCGCCACGCAACAGCCCGAACAACAGCUUCCUCCCAUCGGUGCCGCGUCGCAACGGGCACCUUUCGCGUGCAGCCUCACUCAGCAUGGACGGCACGCCGCGGUAUCCCGGCCUAGCGCAGGCGCGCGCGUACGCGACCCAGUCCUCCCAGUCGUCGAGUCAGAAGAGCUCAAGUGUCAUAGGAUCGCGCGCGCAGCCCCCUUCCGAUACGGGCGAGGAUGAAGACGAAGACGAGCUUGAGCCCGAGCCCACUUUUGGCCUUGGUGACGUGAGCCAGUGGCAGCAUGGACUCCACAAGCCCGGCAAAUGGGGCCAGUUCAAGGGCCACAUAAGGGCGAGCAGCGUCGGUACUAGACAAUUCAAGGGCGGCGUUGGGAACGCUGUCGGCGCGGUCAGUGAACAGAUCAGAGGCGCUACGGGACACCUUCGUCGCUAG